AUGGAGGUGACACAUUUUGGUUUUGUUAUAUUUCUCUAUGUACUGUUCCCAACUACAAGCACAGCUCAGUGCACUGAAAGGGGAAGGUUUCCAAACCAAUUGGAAGAAUGCCGAGGCUACACCAUGUGCAUAAGUGGAGCCACAGGAUUCAUGGAAUAUAACCUUACCUGCCCAGACACGUUUAUCUACAGUCAUAUUGAACAACUAUGCACUAACAGGGCCCCC